GGCCGUAUAUAAAAACUACGUCACAUUAGCGCAACACCGACGCAGAUGAACUGUUCAUUUCGUGUCAUUUAAUCUCUGUUUGAUUUGAUGCAUUCAUCCUCGCUCGCCUGCAGUUUGCUUUAUUAAUGGCGUGUCCUUUCAGUCACACAGCAUCAGCGGAUCUGAACCCAGCCCUCCUCCCUCUAGACUGGCUGCUGGGUACCUGGGAGUCGGAUGAACCUGGAGAGGGCUGUUUUACCACCAUCAAACCUUUCCACUACACGGAGACACUGACCUUCAGCCAUGUGGGACAACCAGUCAUCAACUUCACGUUCAACGCCUUCCAUGCAGAGACCAAGAAGCCUCUGCACAGGGAGUGUGGCUUCAUUCGAAUGCAGCCGGGAGCCAACAGAGUGGCGUUCAUCAUCGCACAGAACUCCGGUCUGGUGGAGAUCGAGGAGGGAGAGCUGACGGCGCAGCAGCUGAACCUGCAGAGCCAGGCGCUGGCCAGAGUCUCUUUUGCCAGAGAGCCGCAUGUACAAAAGAUUUCUCGAGUGAUUCAGCUCCGACCAGAUGGGAGGCUGGAGCAGACAGUUUCCAUGGCAACAGACAACCAACCACUGAUGCAGCACUUGCACAUCACCUACCGUCGGCAGGCCUCCUGUACUUAGGAGUACUUUGGUCAGGAAAGAUAAAUGUUGCCCAAAUAAGGGGACUUUAGUCAGAUAAUCAUAUAAACAGUUUGAGUUAUGGCAUUAAUACAAUACAUACAAUCAUAACUGGGCGUUGUUUAAGACACUACAGGUGUAGAUUUAAUGUUACUGUCAAAGGUAAAAGGGCCCUGUGGAGUUUUUCUUGGAAACAAAACAAAAGCUUUGUUUACAUUCAGCUUUACUCUCCAAAACGUCAAUGUUCACAUCCAUGUUUACUAGCAAACAGUCUUCUUCUUCUCUGCCUUUGCUAACAUAUUUCUUUAUAUGUUGGUGUUUUACCACCACCCGUAUGUCAAAGGAACAGAGUGAAACUACCACUAGAGGUGUAAAACUCCACAGCAAACCUUUAAUCUAUUCAUAUUGCACUUAAGGGCCUUGCUUUAGUAUGGGUGCUCGCCUUAUCUUAAUAUGUAUGGUCUGGAUAUUUAUUCUUGGAGCUGUAAAGCUUAUAAAGCACUGAUGAAUUAAUGUUAAGUACAGUGUCCUUAUCUCUAACAUUCAUUGCAUUAUUUUAAGGUUGAAAGCUCAAUUAACUGGGUUCAAUGAACAGUGUUUUCUGUGUAGAUUCUACGGAGAGUUCUUCUGAGUGUUAAAACGUUUUCAUCAUGUGUCUCAGCAGAAUGUCCAAGGUUGGUUUAAGUCGUUCAGUAGAGUGGUUCAUAUACAUGUAGAUGUACUUAUACAGGCUGCAAUAAGAGGAAUUAAAGUUAUUUCACCUAUUUUGGUUUUUA